UAAAAAGCUCUGUUGGACAGAAAACGCUCUUUUCGUUUUUUAGUCCCAAAUUGAACGGCCGGCAGUUGUCACAACAUUUUGAUUUUUUAAAUUUUUUGAUAGUCCGACACAAAUCCAAAAAAACCUAGUAAAUUAAAAAACUGAAGAAUUCCAGAAUUCUCUGUACCCAAAAUGCUGCGCCAACUAAGGCUGACAAUGGAUAUUUCGGGUUGGAUCUUCCUCCCGUGGAGACGCUCGAUGUCCAACAUGAAGGAAUCCCCUCCGCCGCCACCUCUGGCCAGCACCUUCGACGACGUGAUUGUGGACUACGAGGACCCGGAUUAUCUCCCACUGCCGGAGUAUCCACUGCGUCCCAAUGAGCCAUUGCAAACUCGCAAGCAGCGGCUUCUGUAUCAAUCGCGCAAGCGGGGAAUGCUGGAGAACGAUCUCCUGUUGAGCACCUUUGCAGCCAAGCAUCUCCAGAGCUUCAGCGCCGAGCAGACGGCGCAGUACGAUCAGUUAAUCAACGGGGUCAGUAACGACUGGGACAUCUAUUACUGGGCCACCGAUGUCAAGCCCACACCCAAGGAGUACGACACGGAGAUCAUGGGGCUGUUGAAGGAGCACGUGAAGAACGCUGAACGGGUCAGCCGACUCCGCCAGCCGGAUUUAAAUACUUAGUCAUGCACCUUAUGUUUAUAAAUAUGAUUACUUUGAAGUUGAAUUGAUCCAGGAGAUCAUAACCUUAUCACAAUA